UAUGGUGACAAGGCCAUGGAUCAAGCUGCAGUGUAGAUGAUGCAGAUAUUUCUCGGAGGGUGUUAACAUGCAAGAACACUGAUUUCCUCAAUUGCUGGCCAAAGAGUAAUAUAAUGGUCAUUGUCAUCUUCUCAGCUGUAAAUUAUUGAUACUAUUCUCUUAUUAACUGGUCCCAGAAUAAUUAUAAUAGUAAAUUUAAACAAAUUCUAUAAAUGUAGCUAAAAUUUCUAUAUGUACCAAACUUCCAGCAACAUGUUGUGUAAGCUUUUUGUUUAUCAUCAGUAGACUUUGACUGCAUGUGGUGUUAUUCCUCCGCUCACAUACUUGUAGAAAUUAUUCCAAUUAUUACAUACUCAUUGGCUGUUGUCCUCAGUGUAGUUGUUUUAUAUUACCUUCUAGAAGUACAGCUGAGCUCCUGAACAGGCAACUUUUUGUAAUGUGAACUAAUGUCCAUUCUAAGUCUGUUGGUAUCUGUUUCUACCUCUAAAAAUAAACUUUCAUGUGUGACAGUAACUGUAAAGAACUAUACUAAAAAAGUGCUGACAAUGAAAGGUGUUUGAGGUAAUGUUUUAGGUUGGUCAUGUAAAGAAUAAGUCCACAAAUUCCUUAACAUUACCAUGGCAAUGAUUAUAAUGUCAGUCAUAACACACAUAAAUAGCCAUAAACAAUAUGUUAUCUUCCUAAUUUGUACUUUUAUGCCAAAUAUAAUUAGGGUAAUCAAUAAAGUUGACAUGGGUGAGCCAUGAAGCAUGCAAGGAUAUGAGAAAUGCACAUACAGUUAUGAUCAGAAAACCUGAAAAGAAAAGACCAUUUGGGAGAUCUUGGCAUAGGUGGGAGGGUGGUAUUAAAAUGAAUUUAAACAAAUGGGUUAUCAGUAUGUGAACUUCAUUCAUUUGGCUCAGGAUAUGAUCCAGUGGCAAUGUGUGUGAACACAGUAACUGAACCUUCAUGUUUCAUAAGUAGCUCUAAAUAAGCAUGUUCAUGUCAUCUUUCUUGGCAUCUUACCAAAGUGAGGACUGGAAGGUUAGUAUGACACUCUGUACAUGCUCUUCUCAGUACUACUGUCCAAAAUAACAUUUCUCCAUUGUACGCACAGUAUGAGCAGUGUGCACGUGUAAAAGUGGAGCCAUCACCACUGCGCAGAACCUUUUUUAACCAGCGAAUACCUGCUUUGCUGUCCCAUUGCAUGAACCAAGCUGUAACGAGCUAAACCAAAAUCACUGUGAAGUGCAGACAUGGACAAUACACUGCUUCUGGCAAUGGCGGCCUCGCUGGGGUACAUGACCACUGGACUUGUACGUGGGUUCUCUUCGCCUGGGGUACCCUCCAUGAAGCAGAUAUCGCCCCAUCUCGUGCCCGACGACAAUGCUUUUUCGUGGAUAAGUUCUAUUCCUCCAUCUGGCGCUUUCAUGGGGAGUUUGUGUGCCGGUCCAUCGAUGCAGUUGCUGGGCCGUAGACGGACCGUGAUGUUAAGUUCACCUCUGUGGGUCUUGGGUUGGUGUCUUAUUGCCCUUGCUCAGAAUUAUGAGAUGAUGCUGUUUGCAAGAAUCCUCACCGGCUUCUGUGUUGGACUUGUAACACCGUCGACUGCUGUAUAUGUUAGUGAAUGCUCAUAUCCUGAGAUCCGUGGGGUUCUAGGUUCAUUACCAGCGCUAUUCAUGGCAGGUGGUAUCCUGCUGUCAUACAUAAUGGGAGCAUGGUUACCAUGGAACCAACUAGCAUGGGCAUCAGCAGUUUUCCCAGCUCUGUUGCUUGUUGUUAUGAUACCACUACCAGAAUCACCUGCCUGGUUGCUCUCAAGAGGUCAAAUUGUUGAUGCAGAUAAAUCUCUCAAGUGGCUACAUCAUCAACCACGCACACCAAGUAGUAGCAUACCCGUAGAACUUCGGCAGACGUCAGUUUUUACUGUCACGUCCGAGGCUACACAGCCAUCAGUUUCUUCAAAUAAAAAUUUAAAGAGCGGAUUCAGUAGAAAAGAACUUUUCCGUCGACCUGUUCUUGUACCUUUUGCACUUACCUUUACUUUAUUAAUAUUCCAACAGGUUAGUGGGAUUGAUGCCAUAAUUUUCUAUACUGUUUCCAUCUUCCAUUCAGCUGGAAGUCAAAUAGAUGAUCACUUGGCUACCAUUCUGGUUGGUUUGGUUCAACUAGUUGCUAAUUUUGUGUCACUAUUUAUUGUGGAUCGAGCUGGAAGGAGACCAUUGCUGAUAGCAUCAGGAGCACUAAUGUGCGUUGCUCUUGCAGCUUUGGGUGUACACUUCCAUCUCCAGAAGUAUGGCAUGGGUGAGGGUUUGGGGUUGUUGCCUCUUAUCAGCCUUACGGUAUUCAUGGUUGGCUUUUCCAUUGGCUAUUUGAAGUGA